AAAACGAAAACGAUCUGCAGACAGUCCCAGAACAGGGAGGUUCAACACUUCACAUCCACAACUUGCCGGUACAUGUCCAGCCUUGUGGGUGAUCGCAGCCUAUUCAUGAAUGGAGGUUUAAAAACGCUCACCGGUGUGUUGCCCACAAACCGAACGGAGCCGAGCGUCGUGGUAUCGGUGGGCAUCUGAUGGACGGAACAGAGCUGCAGCCGGACAAUACAUGUUUACAGAGCUUCCCAAAGUUACCACUGUGGAUCAUAGAGUACGUCUGGGCUCACAAGAUGAUGGAAAUACAGGAAGUUGUGGACCCGUCCAAUUGGCCGGAGGUGGACUCCCAGCCCCUGAACCUCCAGGAUUCGUGGAGGCUGCGCGUCACCUCUGCCCGGGUCUAUUCCAUCGUGAGGAACAGGGACAUGGAGCACUUUGAGAGAGUGAUGGGCUUUCUGGACGCCACUUACAGACUCCUACCCAGACUGGUUGCUCCCAUCAAACACAUGAAGAUCAUGUUUGGCCUCAAGACCAUGGUGAUCAUGAGGAUGCUCAGGGAGGGCAGAGGAAUGGUUGAUACAGUGUUAAAAACCAGCCAGUUCUUCCCAAGUAAACUCCCUCAAUACCAAGGUCAAUGUAGCCAACAUGAAAUGUUCCUAAUGAGGAAGAACCAUCUGGACUUCAAGGCUCUGGCACAAGCACUUGCUAUGGACAAGGACAAACUGGAAGAUUAUAUUAAGAAUCAGAUGGAGGAGCAGUAUGGUGAACAUUACGCCCAGAAAGUGGAGGACAGACUGAUGCACUAUCUACGGGAGUUGGAGACCGCUUUACCAGGAGAUACCUACAUCGACAAGAUACUGAAGAAAGAAAGCCCUGUGACUGAGGAGGAGAAGCUACUGCUGGAAGUAAUUACCUCAGACUCUGCCAACAUAGCGACCACUCUGAAGAAACUGCUGCACUGUGAGGUAGCUUCCUGUCGUUCGGGCAGCAUUUUUCAGCCAUCAGCACAUGAAAAGAAUGGAAUGGAAAGCUCUCAACUCUCAAAGUCUGGUCUGUGUAGCAGCUCUUCAGCCAAGACUCCCAUACAGCUUCAGCCAGAGGUAUUUAGGGGAGGAGAGGAGGCUGACCAAGAUGUGCCCAAAGACGGACUUCUGUUGUUGGAGAAUGACAAUGUUUCAGAUGUUAGCAGACGUCUAACAACAGAGUGGGAUGGUGAAGUAGUCAAGAGGGCGGAGGAAGACGGCAGCAAAGAGGAAAAGGAGGAAAUCAGUACGAGGAGCAGUGAAGGUGUCCAGCAGGCCCCCUCCUCCCCUCAGUUCUGCUCCAAACACCAGCGAUGGGUGAGGAGCAUCCUGCAGGAGUGUCCCGAUGAGUGCUCGGAAGAGCUGCUGCUUCAGGCUAAUGUUUCUUUGUCUCCCCCGCUGUUCCAGUCGUCCUCAUCCGCCACUUCAUCGCAGGACCUCACGCCCUCUGACAUCGUACCGUGCCCCCCUGACCAACAACCUCCACCUUCGCAGACAUCCACCCACCUUCAGACAGCAGUCCAGGCAUCUGAACAAGCGAACCCCGAAAAUGAUCAGAGGUCCAGGUCACCUGGAUCAGCAAGUAAUGGCACUCAAACAGAACUUCUGCCACUGCCCUCUUCUUCCAGAGACACUCAGCCACCCAUCCUGUCGCCGGUGGUCCGACUAAUAGACAUUGCCUCUGUUGGAAGGAUCUACCCUCUCUUUAAACCAGAUGAAGCACGUCUAAAUAGCUUCACCGUGUCUAGUAACAAACAGGCAGAUUCUGCUUAUAGUCCUCAGGUGCGAACCUGUCCACACCGCCAUACCCCAGGGAACAACGCCAUGCCUCUCGGAACAAUGAAAGAUGCUUCGUCUGACCAACCAGUCAGUUUAGCAACAACAACUCCACCGAACACAGCGUGCAAAGUGCAAACAGCUCCUUUAUCUCAGGAUAGCUCUACCGGCUGUCAACCACCAGCUCAGUUCAGACGGGCUUGUACGACCACCAGACAUUCGCAGGCACUGGACGGGAUCAGUCAAAACCCUUUAGCUGAGCAGUUCGUAAAGGCUCCUACUACCUUUGGGACAAGUUGUUCUCCCUUACCCGACUUCAAUGUCUCCGGGCCUCCUAGAGAGGAUGCUUCUACCUCUACUCCUCAGUUAGAGAUUCCGUCCUCAGUCUGUUUUGCUAACCACCUCUCUUUAGCUACUCAAUCCUCUUGUCAUGUUGUCCCUCAGAACUCCGUCAAAACUCGUCCUCGUACACACAUCACUCCUCUUCAAGCAACGACCCGACCAUGCUCCACUGCCGUCUCCUCUGCCAACAACCCCGACCGCCUGGCUGUCAGGUCUGAGACCGGCAGAGUCGGAAGAGCCCAGCUGAAGUUGUCACUGCCGAGUCAGGCUGUGCUGCUGCAGUCCAAACUGCUACAGCCAUACGUAAGUCUUAAUAGACUGAGUGCUCAGGAGUGCUGCAGAGUGACAAAGCUGAGAUCAUGCACCAGUUGUGUGAAGGCUGUGGUACAAGGCAGCAAUGAUGAGGAGAGGAGGGAGGAGGAGGAAGAAGAAGCUGCAGAUUCUUCUUUUGAUGUGAACACUCUUUACUCCAGUGAUUCUUCAAGUAGUGACAGCGAGGACUCCCUUCAUUGCGACCAUGAGUACAAACCUCGCAUUAAAAAGAAAAGGCUUCUCUCAGAGUAGCAUGGGAACCAUGCCUAGGGGUUUGUCUAAUGGUUUGACAGCAAUUUGGAUGCUUGGACUCGUGUGACAUUGGCGGGUAAAUCAAAUUUAAGGCUGCACUGAUAAAUAUUUUGAUAUAUAAACAAUGGGUCAAAUGAAGAAUGAUAAUACAUUACUCCCUCUUGAGGAAAUUAAAAUGGUUAAAGUAAAAAACUCUAUGUUGCUUCGUGACUUAAUAAAGCUGUUAUAUGACCAUGUGAAUUUCAGGGUGUGAAUUUCAAGUGUUGCUACUGGAAAGCACACAUUUAGACAGAUUUCUGAUACGCAUUACUGUGUGAUGUAAAGCUUGAGCUAGAAAUCCAACCAUCUUGCAUCUGUUCCCAAUUUGUAUCGUAACAUUUCCUCUGGCAGGCGUCUCUUGAAUGUUUGGUUGUGGUUGUUUAUCGCAACCACAGAAAAUAGUUUCUCAGUGAAGAUCUGUUGAGUCAAUCCAAAGAAAUAACCCAGUGGGGUUCCCAACAGUCUUGUGAGUCUUGUGAUGUGUUUGUGAUGUUUUUUUCCUCUGGCACGACAAGGUUGAGGUUUUGAGAACAAUGUCACUAUAACUAUCAGAUGUAAUAUGAUACGGACAUAUAUUCAGCUGCGCCCCCGGACAGACUUAAGCUUAUUUGUCCAUAUACUUUGGAUUAGGACGAAGACUACUGACAUUCCCAUCAGCCUCGGCUGUACGUGUUCAGUUCUAAGCAGCAACAAGUAAACACGCUAAGCUAACAUAGUUAACACUAAACAUCUGCAUGUUAGCAUUUCCAUUAGCAAUGGUUUUGUUUGCUAGCAGACGGAAGGGACAAGGAGGCACCUUCACGCAAUAGAAAGUCAAUGGAGAGUGAUGAACUGUUUUCCCCUGUCUCUAUAGUGAUGUAGUAAGAUUUGGUGACAUCUAGCGGUGAGGUUGAAGAUUGCAACCAACUGAAUCUUGACCUGUGUGCUAAGCCUGUAGGAGAACUACAGUGGCCUUUGUGAAAACCUGAAUGGCUCCAUCUAAAUCUUGCACUCUGUACCUUUUUUAAAGCCCUAAAAUCAGUCCAGCUGUGCUACAAGCUCAGAGAUCCAUUUCAUGGUGUCAUUAAGAGUAAGGUUGUAAAAAGUUAGUUUUCUUGCCAAAAAAUACUAGACAGCCAAUCAGCUUAGUUGAAGAGAGCUCUGUAUGGCAGUGUGUCCAGCAGCAGGGCACUAUCGAACGGCACAUCACUAAUGCUCUGCACGAAGACCAACAAGCCAUGCCCCAUGUUUGCAUAUGUGUAUUUACACAUUGCUGUUGGAGGGAAUAGUAGAUAAGUCCAGCCUCUGUUGUGAAGGUAAAAUCAGGACACAGGUCACUGGUUCUGAUCUGAGCAUUGAUUUGAAUGAUAAAUCCUGGACAGAGAGCUAAACACAGGAUAAGCAUAGGAAUGUGUUGCUUUGACUAUUUAUAAGUUAUCAUGAACUACACCUGAAUCUGAAACAUUUUAUGUUGCCACUCAGCAAUUGAAGAAUUGUUCAUUCACACUUUAUAAUGGAAUCGUUAUUGGGAAAAAAGAGGUCUGCGGUGGGAUUAAGAUAACACAAAAAGUCUACUUUUAACUAACAGCGGUGCAAGAAUUUGCAAAACGUAUAUAAGAAGUGGAUUUAGUCACCAUGACGUGAAUCAUUGGUUUGUGGACUACAGUUUUGAAGCCUUGUGUUCGGCAUAUUGUCCUUUGACAUCUUGGUUUUUGUCAGUCACCAUCUUGGCCUAUUGCAGCCAGAAGUGAAACUCCCAGACCGAACAACACCGUGGUAGCCCCGCCCUAAAGCAUAGCCUGCCCUAUGGUCUAUUUUACUCUAAAUGGGACUAUAAUUUACUAAAUCAACAUCAUGCUGUAUUGAAGAAGACUUGAAACUAGAGAUUGAGACCAUAAACUCAUGUUUACAAUGUUUACUGAGGUAAUAAAUUAGGUGAAAAGUAGGGUUAUUUUAUCACAGACUUCUAUACAAUCAGACUUCUUUUUGCAACCAGAGGAGUCGCCCCCUAAUGGCCAUCAAAGAGGAUGCAAAUUUUAGACACUUGCACAUUGGCUUCACUUUACAGACCCAGGGAUUGCCCCCUAGUGGUAUUGCAAGACAGGACGGGCUGGGGCUAGCUGGUUAGCAUGCUCGUUUCAGUAGAUAUUUCUGCAAAAUAAUACAUAGACGUCUUUGGCAUAACGUCAAUUCUGUAACCUCUUGACAUUCUGUUCAUCAUUUAUGAAUGUUUUAAACUAAAAUUCUGGCCCUAUCUUACACAUUGCAUCUUUAAAACCCAACUGGUACUGCCAAAUUUGAGACCUUAACCUGACCCGAGACCUGAAGCUAUAUUUUGCUAAAUUUCACCCAUUACUGAACUUUGCCAACACAAAACAGGCUGCUUGGUGUUAACACUACCCAGUGCUAACUUAAUCUUUGAAUUACUUUUUAAUAUAACAAAAUCCAAACUACAACUCAUGACAUACAUGCAAGCACACUUGGCAAAGGGAUACCGUGCCAGUUAAAGGGAAAGGUGCAAAUUACCCAGGAGUAUACUGUGUGGGUAUUGAUUUAUUAUAUAAGUCCCUAUUAAAAGGAAAAACAACUCAAAAGGUUCAGUUGAAGGCUUGUAUCAGUUUGUUUCUUUAUUUAUCAGGUGUGUGUACUAGCUGUGAAUGUUUACUGGGUUUCUCAGUAUUGUGUCAGACCAAUGUGAUGUUGCAUUUCCCCACCAUGAGGCUAAAGAGCAAUGACCGAUGAUAUAACACUGCAUUGUUUUUUCUUUGUUUUUUUAAAGCUGUUUUGUAGCAAAUGGUUUUAAAGACUUUUUAAGUGAUUAUUUUAAAGGACAUUUGUGGAUGAGACAAUGGGCCUUGUGAGAGAACCACUUGUGCAAACUGAUUAAAAUUGAAUUUGGAAAAAUUCAAUUUUAUUCUAUGUACGAACACAAUUUACCAGUGGUCAAGACCAGGCGUCGGAGUCAUGUGCAAUCAGUCUACUGUUAUCCAGGCCUAUAUAAAUUACUCUUCAUUAUAGUGGUGCAACAGACAGGGUUCGGAUUGUAUCGCAAAUCGAAUCAGCACAAAAGAAAAAAAGGGAGAAAAUAUAACUUUAAUAGUGCUCGAUCACGUUUUUUGCCGUUGAUGCUAAUUGGCGAUCAAUGAUGAUGUACAGUCAGGUCCAUAAAUAUUUGGACAUUGACACAAUUUUCAUCAUUUUGGCUCUGUACACAACCACAAUGGAUUUGAAAUGAAAUAAUCAAGAUGUGCUUUGAGUGCAGACUUUCAGCUUCAAUUUGAGGGUAUUUACAUCCAAAUCAGGUGAACGGUGUAGGAAUUACAAGACAUUUUAUACGUGGUCCCUCCCUUUUGAAGGGACCAAAAGUAAUUGGAUAAUUGGCUGAUCAGCUGUUCCAUGGCCAGGUGUGUGUUAUUCCCUCAUUAUUUCAUUAACAAGGAGCAGAUAAAAGGUCUAGAGUUUAAAGUGUGGGAUUUGCAUUUGGAAUCUGUUGCUGUCAAUUCUCAAUAUGAAGUCCAAAGAGCUGUAGCUGUCAGUGAAGCAAGCCAUCAUUAGGCUGAAGAAUCAAAACAAACCCAUCAGAGAGAUAGCAAAAACAUUAGGUGUGGCCAAAUCCACUGUUUGGUACAUUCUUAAAAAGAAAGCACUGGUGAGCUCAGCAACACCAAAAGACCCAGAAGACCAAGAAAAACAACUGGUUGAUGACCGAAGAAUUCUUUACCAGGUGAAGAAAAACCCCUUCACAACAGUUGACCAGAUGAAGAACACUCUCCAGGAGGUAGGCGUAUCUGUGUCAAAGUCAACAAUCAAGAGAAGCCUUCACCAGAGUAAAUACAGAGGGUUCACCACAAGAUGUAAACCAUUGGUGAGCCUCAAAAACAGGAAGACCAGAUUAGAGUUUGCCAAAAAACAUCUUAAAAAGCCUGUACAGUUCUGGAACAACAUCCUAUGGACAGAUGAGACAAAGAUCAACUUGUACCAGAAUGAUGGAAAGAGAAGAGUAUGGAGAAGGGAAGGAACUGCUCAUGAUCCAAAGCAUACCACCUCAUCAGUGAAGCAUGGUGGUGGUAGUGUUAUGGCAUGGGCAUGUAUGGCUGCCAAUGGAACUGGUUCCCUCGUAUUUAUUGAUGAUGUGACUGCUGACAAAAGCAGCCGGAUGAAUUCUGAAGUGUUUCGGGCAAUAUUAUCUGCUCAUAUUAAGCCAAAUGCUUCAAAACUCAUUGGACGGUGCAUCACAGUGCAGAUGGACAAUGACCCGAAGCAUACUGCAAACGCAACCAAAGAGUUUAUCAAGGCAAAGAAGUGGAAUGUUCCGCAAUGGCCAUGUCAAUCACCUGACAUAAAUCCAAUUGAGCAUGCAUUUCACUUGCCCAAGGAACAAGCAGGAACUGAAGACAGUUGCAGUAGAGGCCUGGCAGAGCAUCACCAGGGAUGAAACCCAGCGUAAGGUGAUGUCUAUGGGUUCCAGACUUCAGGCUGUCAUUGACUGCAAAGGAUUUGCAACCAAAUAUUAAAAGUGACAAUUUGAUUUAUGAUUAUGUUACUUUGUCCAAUUACUUUUGGUCCCUUCAAAAGGGGGGGCCAUGUAUAUAAUUUGUUGUAAUUAAUACAGUGUUCACCUGAUUUGGAUGUA